AUGAGACCUUCGAACCUUGUUUUUGCGGCGGUUGGCCUGCUGUCGCCGAUUGCCACAUCCGCGCUGGAGCUCAAUGUUGACGAUCCAGCCUCUAUUAGAGAAGCUACCAAAGUUGUGGCGGCAGGUCUAAGAGAAUGGUACACUGGUGACCGGCCGGGCGAUGUACCCGGAAACUUGCCAGAUCCCUACUACUGGUGGCUAUGCGGAGCCAUGUUUAAUUCCUUCAUCGACUACUGGUACUAUACCGGCGAUGACACAUAUAAUGCUAUUACACGGCAAGCAAUGGUGCAUCAGAUUGGAAACCCGAAAGCCUUCAUGCCGGACAACCAAACCAGUACACUGGGAAAUGACGAUCAAGCUUUCUGGGGGAUGACUGCCAUGUCCGCAGCGGAGACUAAGCUUCCGGACGUCGAGGGAGAGAUGUCGUGGUUGUCACUCGCCAUCGCAGUAUUCAACACGCAGGCACCGCGUUGGAAUACCCAGACCUGUGGUGGUGGACUCAACUGGCAAAUUUUCCGAUUCAACAAUGGAUUCGACUACAAAAACACUAUCUCAAAUGGAGCGUUUUUUAACAUUGCAGCAAGAUUAGCAAAGUACACAGGCAACGCGACAUAUGUCGAGUGGGCGGAGCGAGCAUGGGACUGGCAAUACUCUGUCGGUCUCAUUAGCCCGGAUUACCACUUCUUCGACGGAACCAGCGAGAGGCAGAACUGCACAGAAAAGAACCAUAUCCAAUGGACCUACAACGCUGGAAUCCACAUGUCUGGCGUUGCAGCGUUGUGGAACAUGUCAGAAACGAACGCGGGCAGGUGGCGAGAGCGCCUGGGUGGCAUCAUUAAUGGAACAGACAUCUUCUUCAACGCCGAAGGCGCCCCAGGUGUCAUGAUCGAGAUGGCUUGCGAGCGCAACGGACUAUGCGACCACGACCAACGCUCAUUCAAGGCCUACCUCAGCCGAUGGAUGGGCUACACGAUGCUGAGCGCUCCCUGGACCCGCGACAGGAUCAUGCCAAAACUCCGCACCUCCGCCGCAGCCGCCGCUCAACAAUGCAGUGCCGGAAAAGGUGGAUGCGGCCUCAGGUGGUGGCGAGGCGGUGUGAAUGAUGGAGAAGUGGGCGUUGGAGAGCAAAUGUCUGCAUUGGAAGUCAUGCAGAACUUGCUUGUUGAUCAAGUCUCUGGGCCCGUGGGACUCGAUACUGGUGGAAUCAGUGAGAAUGACCCUACCGCGGGUAGUGACGGGGGAAAUGUGCGGAUUGAGCAUGACGCCAUCACGACGGGGGAUAAAGCUGGUGCGGCAAUUCUUACUAUAGUAGUAUUUGCUGUGUUUUUGGGUGGAGGUGGUUGGCUUAUUAUGAGCGAAAAAUCACCGGAUACCUCCCUGAAGCCUACAAUCACGAUUCUUGCCAGCGCCGAAGAGAUAACAGAAAUGACGUCAACCAAAUCCUUCAGCUCCACGCCAGCAGGUGCGCAACAGCAACCCACACCCUUCGACUUGCACGUCGAAGAACAGAAGCUGCAGGAAUUCAAGACUCUGCUCAAACUGAGUCCAGUCGCAAAAGACACGUACGAGAACAAGCAAGAUGAGGGAAGCCAUGGCAAGUUUGGAGUCAGCCGGCAGUGGAUCGUUGAUACAAAGAAGGAAUGGGUUGAGAAGUUCGAUUGGCGCAAGGAAGAGGACCGGAUCAACUCUUUCCCCAACUUCAAGACUACGAUCAAGGACGAUGACAGCGGCAGCUACGACGUCCAUUUUGUGGCAUUGUUCUCGAACAAAUCAGAUGCUAUCCCUAUAGCGUUCUUUCAUGGCUGGCCAGGUUCAUUUCUGGAGUUUCUGCCUCUUAUGGAUCUCUUGCGCAAGAAGUACACGCCAGAUACUCUCCCUUACCACAUCAUUGCGCCGUCUCUCCCUGGCUUUGGCUUGUCAUCUGACCCUCCUUUACAAAAAGAUUGGAAAGUUGCGGACACUUCCCGCAUCAUGCACAAGCUUCUUCUUUCCCUUGGAUUUGGGCCAUCAGGAUACCUCGUCCAGGGCGGUGAUAUUGGCAGUCUCAUUUCGCGAGAGAUAGCAGCCACGUACGUCGAAUGCAAAGGCAUGCAUCUCAACUUCAUGCACAGCAGGAACAUUCAAUCUUAUUCUUCGCCGGAAGACAAUAUUAGUGAAGCGGAGAAGAAAGGUAUCGAGAGGAUGACCGAGUUUAUGGAAGUCGGCCGGGCCUAUGCAAUCGAACAUGGCACCAAACCUUCCACCAUCGGUCUUGUACUUUCCAGUUCGCCCAUUGCACAAUUAGCCUGGAUUGGCGAGAAGUUCCUUGCGUGGUCUGAUCCUUCCACUACACCUUCACUCAAUACCAUUUUGUCUGAUAUCACCCUCUACUGGCUUACUGGUUGCUACCCUACGUCAAUAUACACAUACAGAGAGGCUAAGGAAACAAAAUAUGUGGACAAGCCGACGGGGUACAGCUGGUUCCCUUUUGAACUGGCGCCUAUCCCCAAGGCUUGGGCAGAGAAGACGGCAAAGAUUGCCUUUUUCAGGGCGCACGAGAGUGGUGGGCACUUCGCGGCGUUGGAGAGGCCUGAGACGCUUUGGGCGGAUGUCGAGGAGUGGGUCAAGGCUGCUUGGAGAUGA